AGCAGGACCGGGACCUCGGGGCCCGCAGGAUGGACAGACUGUCCCACCUGGGCAGCACUGACACGACUGCCUGGGAAGGUGCUCCAGGGAUGCUGUGGCACUGCUGGGCUGAGGUGGCAGGGGGCCCCUUGGUGUGGGGCUGAGCUGAAGGGACAGGGGAGCCCUUGGCAAAGAGCUUGAGGUAGGGCCAAGGGUUCCCUGGCAGGAUGCCCUGUUUUGGGGUCUGUGCUCCAGGCAGUGCUUGUGGAAGGGUCCCAGAGGCUGGAGGGGCCACCCCAUUCCACAGCAUGGGUCAGCCUGAUCCCUCUGCCUGCCUGGGGCUCUGGGAGCUUGACCCAACAGGGUGGGCAGCAGCGAGGGGACGGCCCAGGCCGCUUUCCAGGUCACAGGCAGCUGCUGGGUUUGACAGGCCCCGGGGCCGCAGGUCAGGAACAGGACAGGGUCAGCAGGACACGGCUUGUGGCUGGUAGUGGUGAGGCUUGGGCUGCAUGUUCCUGCCCCUCCAGCCCUGAGCACCAGCCUGGGGGUACAUCUCGGGCACAGGGGCUGCAGGAGGAUGUCUGUGCCCAGUUGGGAAGUGCCCCCUGAAAGCCUGGCACAGCCUUUCCCCCCACUGCCAUGGGACAGCAGUGCUGUGUGGGGCUGGGGAAGGCACUGCUUGCAGGAUGGAGGGGGCUGGUGUUGGAGCCCCGUGGUGUCAGCCAUGGGAGUGUGACCAGCUGCUGACCAUGGGGCUGGGGCAGUGGCACAGGGAGGGGGGACAGAGCAGCUUUAUGGGCACCCAGCUCUCCUGCCUGGGCUGGCCUGCACCCGCCACCUUCCCAACUGCCAGGCCCAGCAGUGCCAGUGGGUGCCUGAUCCACCACUACCCCCUUGCCCUUUCUGGUGCCAGGGUCUUGGCCAGCCAUGCAGAAGUGUCAGGGUUUCCUGAGGUGCCCAGGACAAGUCCUCAGCAGGGUGUUGGGGCAGGCUGUGGCCAUGGGGCUUCUCACUGCAGUGCACAGUGUGGUUGGCUUCCUCUGGGUGCCACAGGCAGACACGCUGGUGGGGAAGAUCGCCAUCCCAGCGUACACCCUGAGUGACGACGACUGCUCCUCCGGGUACCAGCAGCUGAGUGUGGAGAGCGACCCCGAGGAGGGGGGCGAGCCCGGCCCCGCCGCCCUGCCCUGCCGCCAGUGUGGGCUGCAGCUGGCUGCCAGCCUGGGGCAGAGCUGCCUGCAGUGCGCCGGCGCCGAGGGCAGCCGCAGCCAGCGCAUCGUCUACUCCUGCCAGCUCUGCCCCUUCGCCUCCCACUACUCCAGCCACCUCAAGCGCCACAUGAAGACACACAACGGGGAGAAGCCCUUCGCCUGCCCGCAGUGUGCCUACGCCUCCGCCCAGCUGGUGAACCUGACGCGGCACCUGCGCACGCACACCGGGGAGAAGCCGUACCGCUGCACGUGCUGCAGCUUUGCCUGCAGCAGCCUGGGCAACCUCAAACGCCACGAGCGGGUCCACAGCCAGGACAAGCCCUUCCAGUGCGCUGCCUGUGACUACCGCUGCAGCCAGAGCCGCAACCUGAAGCGGCACAUGCUCAGCCACCGCCUGCCCGAGAGUGACGGACCGCACCGGCGGGACAAGGACCCAGAGCCGCUGCUGCCGGAGCUGAGCCUGCACGUGGGCAGCGGCAGCGGCCCCUUCCUGCCCGGCUGUGCGCGGCUGCGGGGCGAGGAGGCGGCCGCGCUGCCCGAGCUGCUCUUCCCCUUCACGUGCCGCAUGUGCGGGCUGGUGCUGGACGAUGGGUUCGCGCAGGACGAGGGCCUGGCUGAGCAGGUCUGCGGGCGCUGCAGCCUGGCAGUGCUGGGCACCGAGCCGGGUGCCAGCCCCCGCAAGGGCGCUGGGGACAAGGGCUUCGCCUGCAGCCUCUGCCCCUUUGUCACCCACUACCCCAACCACUUGGCACGGCACAUGAAGACGCACAGCGGGGAGAAGCCCUUUGCCUGCCCGCUCUGCCCCUACGCCUCUGCCCACCUGGACAACCUGAAGCGGCACCAGCGCGUGCACACGGGCGAGAAGCCCUACAAGUGCCAGCUCUGCGACUACGCCUGUGGCAACCUGGCCAACCUCAAGCGUCAUGGGCGCAUCCACUCAGGCGACAAGCCCUUCCAGUGCAGCCUCUGCAGCUACAGCUGCAACCAGAGCAUGAACCUGAAGCGGCAUAUGCUGCGGCACACAGGCGAGAAGCCCUUCCAGUGCCGGGACUGCUCCUACACCACUGGCCACUGGGACAACUACAAGCGCCACCAGAAGAUCCACGGCCACACGGCCGAGAGCUGGGUGAACCCGCGCAAUGCCAAAGCCCUCCUGGCCCCCCCGGCCGUGGGCACGGCCCUGCCUUGAGACAGCACUUAGCCCAGUGGCAGGCCUGGGGUGCCUCGGCCCCUGCCCUCCCUGGGGGAGGGAAGACGGGCAGGAGACUCUGCAGGGGCUCAGGGCUGCCUUACGCCAGGGCCUCCAGCAGCCCUGUCCUGCCUGAGCAGGGUGAAGAGCAGGAUGAAGCCACGACCGGCAGCUCAGGCACCUGCCCCCACGGCAGCACUGCCAUGCCCCCAGACACCCCACCUGCCUGUUCCUGCCUGCAGGAGCCUUUCUCUGCUGGGGUUUGGGGAAAGGGGGGGAGGGGAGGACAGGACUGGUUCCAUGGCUGUUGCCAUGCUGGUCGGUGUAAUUUAUAUUGUGUAUAAAAGCAUUAAACAGUCACUUUUGUUA